GGGGCACGUUAAGAUGUUGAAAGCUCCCCGGCCGAGAGGGGCUGUACGGACGCCAAGCCACCCGGUUAGAGGGGAGCAGGAUGGACAGAGCCCUUGGGACCAGGAACCGAGGUCGGUAGGGAAGGAUGGACUCCCGGACCUGCCAGGACAGGCAGCCCAGUGACCACCCCAACAGCAGCAGCAGCAGCAAUUGUAGCAGCAGCGUCAAGAAUAAUUGUGAAAGGGAAAGGAUCCGCAAUCGGAUGAAAAUGGUCAUUGGCCAACUGGAAGGCAUCUUACAGGAGCUCAAGGAGGUGGCCAAGGAGCUCCGGGAGGUGGUGAGCCAGAUUGACCGCCUGACGUCCGACUUCGAGUUCGAGCUGGAGCCAGAUGACUGGACGACGGCGACGGCCAGCAGCACCUCCAGCAGCGAGAAAGGAGGAGGCACCUUCGAGCUGGGACCCCUCGAUUUCACCGCCUCCGAUAUCCUCUCCGACAGCUGGGAAUUCUGCUCUUUCCUAGAUGCUUCCACCCCCUCCGACCCAGGCGACGGU